UAAUGAAACAGUUAGUUGAAAGAGUGCAGUUCAAGAACAGAAGACAUUCUUAUUCAAAAUGUAAUAUUUGUUUUUUAAUAUUGUUAUAAACAUAGAAAUUAAUUAAAUAGAAUGAUUAAGCUUUACUCCUUGAGAGUUUUAUAAUUAGUAGAAAUAUAGUGGUCAACAGUAAACACUCUAAAUAUUUAUACAAAGUUGCAAUUUCAUACAAAUUGGUUACUCAAUAAAAUUCUUUCAAAUAAGAAGGUCAAAUAAAGUAUUUAUGAAACAAUGUUUUUGAAAUAUUUAUUUUUAAUUGGAACGGUCUACCAACUUGUCAAUUGCACCCCAAGAGGUAUUUUAGACUUUUUGGGUCAAACAUAUCGAUCUAACCUUAUAAAGUUUAAAGAAGAUCCCCAAUUUGGUAAUCAAUCAUUAUUGAAUGAGUACGAUUUCAUUGUAGUUGGUGCCGGUGCGUCUGGAGCAACUGUCGCACGCCGGCUAGCUGAAAUUACGGAAUGGAAAAUUUUAUUACUUGAAGCGGGAGGUGAAGAAUCAUUAGUAACUUCUAUUCCAGCUAUUGCUCAUUAUUUACAAUUUACAAAUUACAAUUGGGGAUAUAGAACAGAAUUAGAGUCCCAUGCUUGUAAAAGCCUAAUUAAUAAACGAUGUCCAUGGCCAGCUGGAAAAGGUUUGGGAGGAAGUACAAUUAUAAAUAACAACAUGUAUACAAGAGGCAAUGUAAGAGACUUCGAUCGAUGGGCGGAAGCAGGAAACAAUGGUUGGGCCUACAACGAUAUAAAACAAUAUUUCUUAAAAAACGAAGAUGUUAAUAUUCCAGAGUUGAAAAUAUCUCCACAUCAUGGAGUAGGUGGCCCUUUACCUAUAAGCUACAAUACUUUCAAAUCUAAAUUACUUGAUUCAUUCAUAGAGUCUGCUUCCGAAGUAGGAAUGAGAGUAGGAGAUUAUAAUGCUCCAGGAAGCCAUGUUGUAUUUUCUAGAAUACAAGGUACAACCUUAAAUGGUCGAAGAGUGACUUCGGCGAAAGCGUACCUCCGUGAUAAUAUCAGCAAUUUAGACAUUGUUGAAUUUGCAUUUGUCACAAAAAUAUUAAUCGACCCAAUAACAAAAUCAGCAUAUGGAGUAGAAUUUAUAAAAAAGAAUAAAAAAAGAAAAAUAUUAGCGAAAAAAGAAGUAAUUGUAUCAGCGGGUACAUUUAAUUCAGCUAAACUUCUCAUGUUAUCAGGAAUAGGACCUAAAGAACAUUUAGAGUCAUUAGGUAUUAAAACUAUAGCCGAUUUGCGCGUUGGUGAUAACUUACAGGAACAUCCUGCAUAUGCCGGAUUGACAUUUUUAGUAAAUGAUUCUGUGUCAUUUGUUCCUGAUAGAAUAUUUAGGUCACCAGUACAGGAAACAUUUAAAUUGUUGAAUGGAAAUAGUUGGAUGAGUACAUUACCUACCGAAGCAGUUGGUUAUGUUAAAACAAAAUACAAUACUAAUAAAGAAGAUAUUCCAGAUAUAGAAUAUAUAUUUCUUUCUGGUAGUUUACCUGGCGAAGAUGGUUUAGGUGGUAGUAUUGGAAGAAGAUCAAUGGGUAUUCCCGACAACAUUUAUGAAGAAAUGUUCAAGGGAGCUUUUAAUAAGGAUUCUUGGACAAUAUGGCCAAUGUUAAUGUAUCCAGAAAGUAGAGGACAGGUUCGAUUGCUUGAUGACAACCCUUUUUCAAAACCAGUCAUAAAUGCGAACUUUUUUAGUGAUCCAAUGGAUUUAAAACGUCUUGUUGAAGGAAUUAAAAUGGUUAUUGAUCUCAGCAAAACUCAUGCGUUUCAAAAGUAUCGCUCAGAAUUGUUUGAACGUCCUAUGCCAGGCUGUAAACAUUUAAAAUUCGCCUCUGACGAGUAUUGGGCUUGUUGUAUUGAACAAGUUACAAUGCAGAUGCAUCACCAGAGUGGAACUUGUAAAAUGGGACCCGAAUGGGAUCGAAAUGCAGUAGUAAACCCGCUAUUAAAGGUGUAUGGUAUUUCUAAUUUAAGAGUUAUUGACUGUUCUAUUAUGCCAACAAUAACAGGAGGCCAUACAGUAGCACCAGCGUACAUGAUUGGCGAAAAAGGUGCAGAUUUAGUGAAAUAUUCAUGGUCAAUUGAAACAAGCAAUUCAACUCGUUUUAAUUGAUUAUUAUAAAUUUAUUAAAAUAAUUAUAAAAUAUAAUAGAAUAAUUAUAUUUUAACACAGAAUAACUGUUUUGACAUCUUAUAAAAAAACAUAUGAUUUUUUUUUGUGACCCAACAGGAAUAAUAAAUAUCUUGAUAUAUCUAGUCAUCUUUUUGAAAUUAAUUUUCAUACGGUAAAUCUGGCUGAGAAUAUGAAUACAAUUUUUUCUGUUUUAGCUAUGUGUGUAAAUAUUUAAAUCAAUAUUUUUUUUGUUUUCAUAAAAUGUAUGUUUUGUAAAAAAUUAUUUUUUUAAUUAACCAAAAAUUUUUGUUAAUACAAAAAUAAAAAUUAUUUUUAAAGUUGACAACACAUAAUUUAAUUUAAAAUUAUGUUAGGCGAAAUAGUUUUAACUUAAUAGAUAAGCAGCGUUGUUUGUUAAUUACACGAUUUAAUUCAAAAAAUAAUUUGGUUUUAUGUUCAAUAGAUAAAAAUUAAAUUUUUAACUUAUUAAACAUUUUAAUGUUGUAACAUUUUUAUGUUAGAUUUUUAAAAAUAUAUAUAAUGUAAUAAAUUUAAGUUUAACAUUUUUAAACCCUCAGAAUAAUCAUAGAAUGUAUAAAAAGGUGGCUCCUUUAUACCUGCAUAUGAUUGUUAAAAUGAAACAUUUAAUUUAUUUAUGUUUUAACGUUAUAAAUCAUUUUUUUUGUUAAACAAUAUAUUUUUUGAGUCUAUAAUACGUUAAUUUCAUUUAUAAUAAUUGUGAUUACAACAUUAUUAUGCAUAACGUUUCUUGUCUAACAACUUUUUAAUAAAAUUAUUUAAACGGAGGUAUAAUUUUGUAAUUUUAACGGCUGUAUAUUAAAAAAAUUAUGAAACAAACGAUAAAUAAUAAUUUAACAAGUAUAGUUUUUGACUAUAAAAU